CCCCUGGAGCCUGUCCAUGGAAGGAGAGGCUAAGAACCCUGCUGAGAGAGUGGUCACGAUUACCUCCAUCCUGGGGCCUGACUCCAGUUCCUUACACCCGAAGAUGCACUACUCACUACUUACGAUGUCAGCAUGUCUGCAUGCAACAGUUAAGGGUCAGAGGCUUCUAUAGGUCCGCAAGCCAGUGCGCUGGGUGGAAGCAUGUGUUCUAUCAGGCCAGACAAGGUGGCAUAAAUGGAAAUAAACUCAAGCUGAUGCUUCAAAAACGAGAAGCACCUGUUCCAACUAAGAUCAAAGUGGCCGUUGAUGAGAACAAAGCCAAAGAAUUCCUCGGCAGCCUGAAGCGCCAGAAGCGGCAGCUGUGGGACCGGACCCGGCCCGAGGUGCAGCAGUGGUACCAGCAGUUUCUCUACAUGGGCUUUGACGAAGCGAAAUUUGAAGAUGACAUCACCUAUUGGCUUAACAGAGAUCGAAAUGGACAUGAGUACUAUGGCGAUUACUACCAACGUCACUAUGAUGAAGACUCUGCAAUUGGUGCCCGGAGCCCCUACAGCUUUAGGCACGGAGCCAGCGUCAACUACGACGACUACUAACCACGAGUUGCCACACGCUGUACAAGAAGCAAAUAGCGGUUCUCUUCAUGUAUCUCCUAAUGCCUUACACUACUUGGUUUCUGAUUUGUUCUAGUUCAGCAGAUCUUUUCUACCUACUUUGUGUGAUCAAAAAAGAAGAGUUAAAACAACACAUGUAAAUGCCUUUUGAUAUUUCAUGGGAAUGCCUAACAAUGCAUCUCAUUUAAAAAUAGAAAUAAAGCAUUUUGUUAAAAAGAAAA